CAUCGCACACCGAAGCACACUCCACCCAUCGGCGUCCUGCUGCUCUUGUCCUGGAGUGACCACCACCAGCCGCUGCUGCGCGCACACUCUUUUUCUCGGUUUCUCCUCGCAUCGCAUUUCUAUCUUGCUUUCUCUCUCAAGAGGAGGGACAAAAAACAAAGCCGAGCCACCUUUGAGACCCUCUCUAUCUCUCUCCCACGAAUCUAAUCCGCAGAGCUCUCUCUCGCGUGCUGACAGGCGUUCCUGGGGAGGUCUAGCAGGAGAGUGGCAGAGAUCAUGAAGGCGCUGGUGGCGGCGGUGGUGCUCCUCCUUUCCUCCACUCUCGCUGCUUCACAAUGGUGCGUGUGCAGGCAAGACGCGGCUCAGGCCGCGCUGCAGAAGACCAUCGACUACGCCUGCGGCUCGGGGGCGGACUGCACCCCCAUCCAUGACACCGGGUCGUGCUACAACCCCAACACCAUCCCCGCGCACUGCUCCUGGGCGGCCAACAGCUACUACCAGAACAACAAGGCCACUGGCGCGACCUGCGACUUCACCGGCACCGCCACCCUCACCACCAGCAACCCGAGUUCUUCUGGCUGCUCUUUCCCCACAAGUGCAAGUGCUGUUGGAACAACCACCCCGACCACUGGAGGCACCAUGGGAGGAACCCCAGGGACCUUCACGCCCGGAACCGGAACCGGAGUCGGCACCGGCACAGCCACUGGCACUGGCAUGGGAACGGGCACCACUACUGGGACUACUGGCACAGGGUUCGGCGGCCUAGGACCGACAGGCACUAGCACCGGCAUGGACGCUGCAGGGGCGGGCAAGCUACCUACGGCUGGGCUUGCUGCCUUCCUCGCCGUGAUCAUCUCUGCCAUUGCGGUGGCAUAAAGCUUGACCCUAGAAACAAUACCCUACUUGCUGGUAGAAAGAGACCCUUUUGGUAAGCUUGUUUCAGGAGUAGUCUGAUGAUCUGUGGAGAAAGAGGAAGAAAAAAACCUGAUCCAUCUGAAUGUGUCAUGCCAUCCGAAAAUCCAAUAGUGCCUGCUUCUUGUUUGUUGUCAGCGAGUCCAUGGUUGUGUCCCUUUAUGACCACCUCUCAUGUUCUCUAUUCUGUAAUUUGGUAGUAGGGCUGUCACUGUCUUCCAAGGACCAUUGUCUAUCUUUUCCUUUAUGUUAAUCUUGUAAAUGUGGGGAAGCCAGUAGGUUAGUUCAUGGUUGGUUGGAAUGAGAAUGCUGUUGCGACAA